GAAGAUUUGGCAGCAGUAACUUCAGUGGAGGCCGUGGUAAUGGAGGAUAUGGCAGCAACAACAACAAUGGCUACGGGCGUGGGCGCGGUCGAUUUGAUGGCGAAUGCCACUUUUGUCACAAGACCGGCCACAUGUGGAGAGAUUGCUUCAGAUUGCCUGAUGGAUGGACCCCUUCUCAAGGCCAAGAGGGAAGAGGAGCAAGGGGAGGAAGAGGCAGAGGUCGUGGAGGCCGUGCCAGCUGAUAUGAUGACCAAGAGGCUGGUUGAGCAGCAGCAUUGGAAGUGUUGCAAGCUUGCUGGGAUGGCUCUGAACUAAGGGGAGCAGAUUCUAAGGCCAACAAUCCGAGGGGGAGUUUGUUGGUGCAAUCCUAUGGCUUGCACUCGGCUUGUCGUCCUUGUUUGUGUGUGUGCAUGCAUGGCAUGGAAUGAAUUGUGAGUCUAUGU